AUGGCUGAAGCAAUCAUAAUGCCUGUAGCAAAAGUCAUUCUAGGAAAGAUUGUUUCCUUAAUUGGUGAUCAUGUUCAUGAAGAGAUCAAAGCUGUUAAGUCGGCUAAGUCUGAUCUUAGAGUCAUGGUUGACAAAGUUGAAGCAAUUUGUGCGGUGCUACAAGAUGCAGAGGAGAGGCAAUUUGGUAACCGGGCUAUAAAACUUUGGCUUCGAGAUCUCAAGAGAAUCGUUUAUGAUAUUGAUGACCUCUUGGAUGAAGUCACCUUUGAUGCUUUGCAACGUCGUGUAAACAAAGGUCAUUUAGGCCGUCAGCUCAGGUACUAUCUUUCCUCGUCAAAUCCCUUCAUCUCUCGUUAUCAUUUAAGUAAUAAAAUUAGAGAUCUUCGACAUGAUCUAGAGAACAUCGUGGCUAAGAAAACCGAAUUUGGUUUAACUGAGCGCCCAAUCGAGUACCCAAUUGAUGAAAACAAGCAUACUUUGGAUGGAAGUUCCUUUGUGUAUAAGCCUGAUGUUAUUGGAAGAGAAAAAGAUAGGCAGGACGUAUUGGACAGAUUGAUAUCACUCAGUGAUGCUAAUAGACCUUAUGUGCUGCCUAUAGUUGGGAUGGGAGGAAUAGGGAAAACAGCAUUGGCUAAAGUAGUGUAUAAAGAUGUCCAUCAUUUUGAUCUUAAACUCUGGGCAAGAGUCUCGGACACAUUUCUCAUACCUAAGAUCUUAAAGGACAUAUUACUUGAUAGUGGUAUUGACAAUAUACCCAAUCAUGAUAUGAAUGUGUUGGUGAAAAAACUCCAAAGUUUGUUGGAUGGAAAAAAAUACUUUCUCGUGUUGGAUGAUGUUUGGGUAGAAGAUAUUGCGAUUUGGAUGGAGUUAAAGAACAUUUUGGCAGUUGGGAAACCCGGGAGUGUAAUUUUGAUCACCACAAGAAUCCCCAAUGUCGCAUUAUGUAUUGGAAAUUUGGAGCCAUAUAACUUAAAUAGGCUUUCAGACGAGGACUGUUGGUCCGUUUUCAAGCGAUUGGCUUUCAAAGAAGGCGAGGAAGGAAAAUAUCCGGUUCUAGAGGAUAUUGGCUUGUCUAUCGUUCAAAAAUGUUGUGGCAUCCCACUUGUUGUUAAGUGUUUGGCAAGUAUUUUACGAUGUGAGAGGAAUGAUCAACGAUGGCUACAAAUCAAUAACAUGGAUAGUUUCACCGAGUUAGAUCAGCAAUAUGAUAAAGUGUUGCAACUUUUGAAGCUGAGCUAUGAUAAACUUCCUUCCCAUCUAAAACCAUGUUUUGCUUACAUGUCCUUAUUUGUGAAGAAUAUUAUUCUUACUGAUGAUGCUGUAUUUAACAUGUGGACAGCACUUGGGCUAUUGCCAGUUAGAAACAGAGAAGAAGAUAUUGAUCAUUGGAGAUACUCUUUCAUUCAAGAACUGGUGUCAAAGUCUGUUCUUCAAGAAUCAAUAGUUCAUUUUAAUGGAGUUUCUAUCCAGUGUCAAUUGCAUGAUCUUUUUCAUGAUGUAGCUAAGAAGAUUUUGGGUGAAGAAUUGGUUGUCGUUACUCAUGAAAAGAUGGAAGUUUCUGAAUUCGGCAGGCAUAUAAUUUGGGAAUACGAGGGUGCAAGUGCUAGUGCUACUGGUAAUGAAUUAAAAGACAUGGAAUUUCCUAAGGAGCUCCUUAAACUCAAGCAUGCAAGAACAUUUCGAUUUGGUUAUGCAAUGCGCGCCCAUCUUAAACAGUCAUUUGUUGAAGCGAUAAUCUCCAAUUUCUGCUGCUUACGCAUCUUAGAUCUUGGUGACAUUUGGUUUGAGGAGUUGCCUGAGACAAUCGGAAACUUGAAGCAUCUUAGAUAUCUUGAUUUGUCAAAUAAUUGUAUUAUUAGAUCGCUUCCAAAUGCAAUAUGCAAGUUGUUAAACUUACAGACAUUUUGUAUUAGUGGAUGCAGGCAAUUAGAGGGGUUACCUAAAGACUUCCACCAUUUACAAAGCUUAAAAAAGAUCGAGUUGACAACAUGCGAGCUGAGCUUAGUUCACAACAAGCUGAUGGCAUUGACUUCACUUCAACAAUUGUGUCUCUUCGGGUGUCCAAAACUGGUAUCUUUAUGGGAAAAUAGUGAUGUCGGGAACCUCACUUCACUCCGACACUUAUUUAUCAAACACUGUCAUAAAUUGGCUCGUCUUCCAAACAAUUUCAAGUUCUUAAAUGGACUUCAGACACUAGGAUUAGUUUAUUGUGAAGAGUUGGAUAUGGAGGAGGAAGAGAGCUUAAAAGGCCUUCAAAACCUACAAUUAUUGAUGAUCCGAGGGAUUCCCAAACUGAAAAUUCUACCGCGUGGUUUACUGUCAGUUGCUGCUUCUCUUCAACAUCUCGUAAUAAGAGACUGUGAAGGGUUGGUGGAUCUUCCAGAUUGGUUGCAUUGCAUGACUUCACUACGUUCGAUUACAAUCGAAAGUUGUCGUAAUCUCUCGGGUUUGCCCAACACAUUUUGCCAUCUCAAGUUACUACAAAAGCUUACUAUCAACAACAGUCCACUCUGA